UAUGACAACUCAAACUAAUGAGAUACAAGAACAGAAUGACGUCACUAUAUUUCAUAAGUACGACGGAUUAUCUAGAAAAGAUAAAAAAUUGAAAAAAUUACAAGAAGAAUUAGGUAUUCGCAGUCCUGAUUAUAAACCUCGCCAAUUGCCUACCUUAACCAGAAGAACAUUUAAAAACAAAGGAAAUUCCGGGAUUGACAAUACUAUAGACGAUGGAAAAACUAGUGGUUAUUCUAUUCAACACUCUAAGAUAGAUAAGAUGACAGAUAUAGAUCAUUUAAAGAAAACUAAUAAUUGCAGUGAGCUCAAAAAUCAUUGUGAAGAGAAAAUGCUCCCUAUAUCGCCCGUAGAAAACGAUUUGAUAAAAGAGGAAUGUCAGCCAAAGUAUGAAAAGACCGACGUUCAAGUGAAUAAUCCACUUCUUUUAGAAGAUAAUAUCUUGAAGAGUUAUCAUGAGACAAACUCCAAACCAUACUCUCAAUUUACAAAGAAAAGGCGAACUUUAGAUUUCGAUAGAAGUAACCAAAAGCAUAUUCCCAACUUUAGAAUUAUUAAAAAUACAAUAGAAGAUAGACUUAAAUCUAAAAGAAUCUCAGAUUUUCGGGGACCAUCAACGUUUUCGGAUUAUAAUAGAUUUCCUACGGAAGAAAGUCUAUUAAUAGAUAACUACGCAAAAAAGUAUGCCGUCACCAACUUAUCCAGAGAUAACUUUAAUAUUUCAAAUACAAAGAAGAAAAAUCAUCAAUUCAAUUCCAAGGAGCAUUUAGAAUAUUUGACAUAUUCUGAAAAUAGACCGACAUACAAAAAUCUAAAUAGGCCUGACGUCACUCCAAUAUCUCUUAUUACAAAUCAAUUAAAAGGAUUAUUGAGUUCUUCCGAUUCGCUUCAGAAUCUAUUAAAUGAUACUCCUAUUUCUAAGAGUUGUCUGUAUCAGAAAUUUGACAAAUUUAGGCCUAGUAUGUCGAGAUUCUCUUUAAAUAGAAAAAGCAACUCUAUUUCUAAUGAACAUUUAAUGAGUCAUGGGAGAAAGCAUGAGCUCAACGAUAAAUCUCAGAAUCGAUUAAUUAACAAGAUUAAUGAGAUUGACGAAGGAAAGUUCCUCGACAAGAAAAUUGGUGAUUUUCCACUUAAUAAAGAUCCAUUUUCCUUCGAAGCUGAUAAUCAUAAAAACUUUCAAAUGAAUAAUUUCCUCGGAAAGGAAAUUUAUCUAUCAGAAACAGGAGAAUCUCUAUUAGAUGAAAGUUUAAAUCGUAUUAUAUCGGAUGAUAAAAGUAGGGAAGGAAAUGAACAUUUAAGCAAGAUGAACAAUUGCAAAGAUAAUGAAGAUACCAUAAAAUUGAAGUCAAUCAUUUCUCAACCAACUGUUGAAAAUCUUCAUGAGAAGAGAAGUAAUUUCAUAUGGAAAUUAAUAAGACAAACAGAUUGGUAUAAUAAAUCAUCCAUUGGCUCAUUUAACACUAGGAAACAGUAUUCGGAAAUUCCAAUUCCAAAGAUAUUAUCAAAGGACGAAGCAGUCAUGAAGAGAUUAGUAAGCGCCUAUGAGAAAUGCAACGAUAAUUAUAAGAUUGAUCAUAUUGACUCUAUCCUAAAAGAAUUUCGCUUCUUAGAUAAUGAAGAUUUAAUUCUGGUUGAUGAUGAGGAGAAAGGUGUAAGAGUAAUAUCAAAAGGACAAAAGAGUAUUUACGUAGCUUCAUAUUUAAAGAAUUACUUAUGUAAAGUACCGAAUGAUAGGGAAAUCAGGACAAAUAAGAUAAUUCAUUUAAAUUUUUCAAAUGAGAGAGGAGAAGCUGCAGUAGUAUUGAAAUUAUUUAGGAAAGACGAUAAAGAUAACAGCUUAAUUGGACUAGUAAUACUAUCUUUAAAUCCAUUCUAUUAUGAAAUAGGAAUUGUUAGUCAUCUUAUUGGAGAUCCUCUUAAUUUUGAAGUUAUUUCCCUAGAUCGAAUUAUUCUAUUGGAUUAUGAAAAAAGAUCGAAAAAGUCAAAUGAUAAUCUUACUGAUCAACAAUGGAUUGAAAUCUUAAUAACUCUAGCUGAAAUAUUUAAAAAUUUACACAACUCCUAUACCAUAAUUAAUAAAAUAGAACUAAAAAAUAUAGUAUUAAGGCCUAUUGAUCAAUAUUCCAGUAGUUGGACUAUUCCGAAACUCACCUGUUUCCAACAUGCGACUAUACAUUCUAAGGUUCAAGAAUUUACUGGUAUCAAUACACUUUUUGAUGAUAAUAUGGAGGAAUUCUUUAGAGUUGAUGUUCAACUACUAUGCAAUAUUAUUGAACAAAUCAAUUUUACAUUAAAUUUAGGGUUAGAUAAUCUAGGGGGAAGGCAACUAUCAUCAUCUGAAAUACAUCAGUAUUUAUUUAAUCAUUUAAAUACUAAAAAUCAUUACUUUAAUGGAAGAUUGUUAAAAAAUGUUGAAGAUUAUCAAUCCACGAGAAAUAUCAUUGAUAGUCAAGAUGACAAAUGUAGAAAAUCCACUAAUGAGGAGUUGGACAAGGAAGAGAUAAAGCAGGAUUUAAAAAAUAAGAAGAGGGUCUCCUUGGAUAUUAAUCUAUUAAGAGAGGAGAAAAACGAUGAAAUUAGGGGAAAAUCUUCAUUAUUUUCCAAUACAGGAAAGAUGAAGACAAAUAAGCAUUCUCAUCUAAACGGAAAGGUUGAAAAAAUAGGAGAGAAAAAUUCCAGUGACGAUGACAAUGAUGAUGAUGAUGAUGAUCAUUUAAGCGAUAGGCCAAAAGAAACUAUUGUAAGAAUAAGAAAAAGAGAUGGCAAUCAUCAUCUUUGGUUGGCGAAACUAAUCAAAUCUUUGAAAAGCUAUUGUUCUAUCCAAAUUAAAAAUCCUAGAAUGAAAACUAUUAAUAAAUUUGUAAAGAAUCAGCCGAAAAGGAUUAUUAAGAAAUCUAAGGAGAACAAUCGUUCGAGUAGAUGUUCAUCGGUGAAUAUGGAUUUGACUGACGGCGGUGAUAAUUCAAAUAUCAAUGUUAAAUUGAUGGAUAGUAUUAAAACAAUAUAGAUAAAGAUAAGUUCAAUUAACUAAAUAUUAUCAUCGAAUUCAUCAUUAUCGGAAGUUCUUUCAUCUAGAUAUCUUUCCUGUAUCAUACCGUACAAAUCGUCUUGCCAUUCAGCUUUUACUGCGCAAGACAACAUAGUCUGAAUAUUUGAUUCCUCUUCAGCUCCGAAAAUAUAGCCGUUCGCUUUAUCAACUCCUCUAACUACUCUGAGGCAGCUCUCUUUCAUCGUUACAUCAAGAGGUAUAAAGGAUACUAGACUGUAGUCUUCUACUAUACCCGCGAGAACUUUAUUUAAUUUAUUAUAUUUCUUAAAACUUUCGGCUUCUUCCGCUUGUUCCAAUAAGUAAGAGAGAUCUAGGACAUCGGCGUAGAAAUCUAGUCUAAAUGACAAGUUAGCCUUCUUCGCUAAGUCUGCUUUACUUAAUACAUUGAUGUGGGGUAAUUCAAAAUGUAGCAUUGAUGAUAGAGACAUGCAUAAGGCUGAAAUGAACUUUCCUGGUUCUGAACAAUGAUGAGAGUCUAUAAGAUUAACUGCGGCCAAUCGAAUAUUCUUUGACAGAAGAGUAAUUACAUUUUUUAUGGCUGGUAAAUGAGUAUAGAGUUCCACUUGACCAGGACAAUCAAAUAUCAGAUAUUUAUCUUUUAAUUCUUCAAUUUUAUUUAAAAGCCACUUUGAGUUUUUAUCAAGAUACUCCAUACAAUAUAGAAGACCACCAUUUGGUCCAAGUUUUAAUCGUUCCAUCACCUCUUCAAGUUUUAUCAGUUCAUUUAUGUUGACAGAACAUGUGUAAGGCAACAACUCAUUUGCCGGGUCCAAAUUUACAAUGGCUACCUUCCUACCAAGAGCCUCAAGAAGAUCAAAUAUAGCCUUACAAUACGUUGUUUUCCCACUGCCAGGUGGACCGAUGAUCACUUGCCCAAAAAUCAUGAUAAAACAAUGUAAACAAUCAAUUUCUUUGACGCAUAUAUUUAUAUAUGUAAACCGAAGUUCGUCUGCUAAACACAAUUGAAAAAUUAUACUAUAGAUGUCGCUACAACUCAUUCAGAAAUCUUUACCAAAAUGUUUUAUCUCUUCUGGUAAACGGAUAUAAGUCAUCCUACGACUGUAGGCCUAUAACAUUAAUAUCUGAAAAAGUCAAACAACACGGAAGGUAUAAUUAUCGAUAAGUUAUUAAUAUAUUUGUUAAAGAAUAACAAAAAAGUUAAAAAAGAGAG